GAGAUCAUUCUAAAAAUUCCCAGAGAAUUUGAAAACUGAAAUCCACCCCCACAAGGCUAGUAAGAUUUUUUUUCCCUCGCCCACCUACUAUACAAACCAGACACUUGAACUCCCGCGACCACCAAACUCAUCUUAAUCCCGCUGCGAGCUUUCCCGUCAACUUUCCCCAUUCCCAACCAACCUAGCAACCCUCCCACAGCCAUCGCCAAUAUGACGGACCUUGACCGCAUGCCUCCCUCAACUACGACAUACAUAGUCGCCACAGCCAUUAUAGCCGGUAUUACCGGUUACUUCAUCGGACAGGGAGCAUCGCUAGGCCUAUUCUCCGCCUCGAAGGAAAAAGAAGGCUGGCCGAAUAGCUACAAUGUGAAGGUGCACCAGGACUCAUCGGACGAGGAAUACGAGGAGGAAGAGGAAGAGGAGAGCGAAGAGGAAGAGCUAGAAGGUGAACUGGGUAAUUUUGAGAAUAAUACGGAGGAGGUCAAGCUUGUGCUUGUUGUGAGGACGGAUUUGGGGAUGACCAAGGGCAAAAUCGCUGCCCAGUGCUCUCACGCUACACUUGCAUGUUACAAAUACAUGGUCGCAAACUCUUCCGGCUCUGUACUGCUCCGUCGAUGGGAACGACAAGGCCAGGCAAAGAUUGCGCUGCAGAUAAAAUCAGAGGAGGAAUUGCAGCUGCUCCAGGCGCAGGCCGUCAGUCUUGGACUUUGCGCUCGAGUUAUUCAAGAUGCUGGACGCACUCAGAUUGCCAGCGGAAGCAGGACGGUACUUGGCAUCCUGGGACCCAAGAGCGUUGUUGAUACAGUUACGGGACAUUUGAAACUGUUGUAAUCGGGUUCUGGGUUGGUGUUCUGCGGGAUUCCAAGAACGACGGCGUUAGGACUACCCCUAUUUGCAUAGAUACUCUUUCGAGUACUGGGAACGCAGCAUGAUAAUGAUAUGAUAUGCCAUGGGCUUCUAGACACCCAUCCAGUAGAAGC